CCCCGCGUCCGCGGAGGUACAGGCGGGCCGGCAGGAUGAAGGGGUACUUGGACCAGAGGGUGCCCUUCACUUUCCCGCAGCAGCCAUCGGGCCAGGCGGCUCCCGGUGCCGGAGCUCUGAUGGGCGCUAGGAAGAGACCCGCGGAGCCGGGCUUGCCGCCGGCACAGGAUUCGGAAGACCUCUUCCAGGACUUGAGCCGCUUCCAGGAGACUUGGCUGACAGAAGCUCAGGUUCCAGACAGUGAUGAGCAAUUUGUGCCUGACUUUCAUUCAGAAAACUUAGCUUUUCACAGUCCUCCUGCUAAGAUUAAAAAGGAGCCCCAGAGUCCUUCCUCUGACCCCACGCUGUCCUGCAACCACAAGCAGCCAUUCCAGUACCACAAUGGCGAGCAGUGCCUUUACACCAGUGCCUAUGAUCAACCCAGACAAGUUGGAAUCAAGUCUUCCAGCCCAGGAAUCCAGAUACAAUCACCUCUCCAGCAGUUCUCUAGACAGGACAGGAGCUUCCUGACCCCUACAGGGCCACCCCACCCCACAUCCAGCCGUGGAUACCUAAACGAAAGCAGCUCUGCAUACCAGCCACCUCUGGAGAUGUGCCGUUCCUUCCCCUCCUCCCAGGGCAUGGCCCAGGAAGAUCCCAUCUCCUACCAGCACCAGAUGUCUGAACCUUGCCUCCAGUACCCUCAUCAGGGCUUCAAACAGGAGUACCACGACCCUCAGUACGAGCAAGCGAGCCAGGCGGGCAGCAGCCGAUACCCAGGAGCUGUGGUGGUAAAGCAGGAGCAAGUGGAUUGCAUGUAUGACUCAGAUGUUCCUGGCUGUCCUUCCAUGUACAUAAAUGCUGAGAGUUACCCAAACCAUUCAAAUCCAGAGGAUACAUCAGGCUGCAGCUAUGACAAGCAGAUGAGGCCUUUCACUGAUGAUACCUGUGUUGUUCCAGAAAGAUUUGAAGGAGACAUCAAGCAAGAAGCUGGAGGAUACAGGGAAGGACCUCCCUACCAGAGAAGGGGAUCUCUCCAGCUUUGGCAGUUCCUGGUGGCUUUAUUGGAUGAUCCAACCAACUCCCAUUUCAUUGCCUGGACUGGCAGAGGGAUGGAAUUCAAGCUCAUUGAGCCAGAAGAGGUGGCCAGGUUGUGGGGUAUCCAAAAGAACCGUCCAGCCAUGAACUAUGACAAGCUGAGCCGGUCCCUUCGCUACUACUAUGAGAAAGGCAUCAUGCAGAAGGUGGCUGGAGAGCGCUACGUGUACAAGUUUGUGUGUGAGCCUGAAGCCUUGUUCUCUUUGGCCUUCCCUGACAACCAAAGGCCAACCCUGAAGGCAGAGUUAGACCGGCAGAUCAGUGAGGAGGAUACAGUGCCUCUUUCUCACCUGGAUGAGAAUGCCACUUACCUGCCAGACCUUGGAAACCUCCCUUCUCAGCUUUACAACAAAGGCUACACUUACUAGCGUUGCUGGCAGCACUCUCUGCCACACUUGCUUGUGUAUAU